AUGACUUUCGGGUGGUCAAGGAGACCAUAUACAGCCCCUUUCAUGAGGGACAUGAUAUACAAUACAGAAAUCAACUCAGAUGAUACGAACCUAAGAGGAAACAUCCUGUCACAAACUAGAUUUAAUAAACAUGUUUCAUUUUCAAGGAAGCUGUCAACUUUGCCACUAUCUUCGGAUUCCUCAGGCCAAUUCGAUUCCAAUGGUGGGUGUACCAGCACUUUGGAUGUAAAGUCGUUGGUUCCAGCUACGACGUUUGGAGAUCAAUGCUCAAAUAAGAUGAGGGGAACUGAUAUCUUCUUUUUACCAAAACCUUCUCAACUUCUUGCUUUCGCCCUCCCAGUUUUCGUCCUAAUGCCGAAUUUGACUGUGUUCGCCAGGCAGUGGUUCUUUUACGCUCCAAAGUAA